CAUGAGUGUUAUUGAUGGAAGAGCUGUGAGUGAGGUUAAUUCUGAAGCUCCAGUGCAAAGACAAAAGGUGGUCCCUGUGGUAGUAAAGCCACAGCCUCAAAAGAUGGCUGGAAUUGGUGUAUUCAUGUGCACAAUGACCUUAUUAGGAACAAAGCUUGGAGGUGGAAUUGUUGGCAUCCCUGCUGCUAAUAAAAAGAUUGGAUAUGUCACAUUCCAAUGAAUGAUGACUAUUUAUGCAUGUAUGGGAAUGUUCUCUAUGUGGCUCUUAUUAAGAGUAAGAGAGAUCACAGGAAAAGCAUCUUACCCUGAUUUAGGAAUUUAUCUUUAUGGGAAGUGGAGUGUAUAUUUUGUUAACUCGCUCAUUGCUCUUUCACAACUCGGAUUCCCUAUCAUCUUCUUCAUUGUUUUUGGCGAUGUGGCAAAAAGUUUGAUACUAGAGAUCGAUAGCGGUGCUGGUGAUUUUUGGACUUCUAGGUGGUUCACACAUACAUUACUUGCAUUGGUGAUGCUCUAUCUAGUAAUACUGAAAGAAAUACAUAAAUUGAAAAUGGCUGGAUUCUUUUUACUUGGCCUUAUAGCUGUCUUUGUAUUCUUGCUAUUCAUCCAUUACAUUAUAUCUGAUCCCAAUCCUGAAUCUAGUGAAGAUCUCACGCAGACAUCUUUGAAAGUAGAGUUUUUCGCUAAGAUUCCGACAAUGAUUGCUUCCUUCUCAUUUCAGCCAUCUUUGUUCACGGCAUUUGGUUCACUAAAGCACAAGACAACUAUGAACGGAUUGAAGGCUGGAUGGACUGCUAUUUGGACUGCCUACAUAACAUACACUGUGACACCCCUUAUCGCUUUCGGAUUGUAUGGAUCGAAGGUUGAAGAUAACUUACUUAACAAUUUGACAGGAGACUCGAGAGCUUUACCAAUAAUUCUCCAAGUAAUUUUUCUAGUGAUUGCCGUACUCCACAUCCCCAUCAUCUUCUUUAUCGGUAAAGAAGUGAUUCUGAUUAUCUUUGACGAGGCUACUAGAGGGAGUUACUCCAAACAGAAUGUGAAUCUCAAGGUAAAAGUCUUUAUCGAGAAAUUAAGAAGGCUCUCCUCUAGAAAAUCGAUAGGACAACAUCAGGAAGAGCAACAAGCAGAUGAAGAAUCUAAGCAAAAUCCUGUAGAUCAAGAAGUUAAAGAAAAUGCCCAAAACGAUGCUAACCAGGUUGAUAGGCAAACUCCUUCACAAGACUCUCAGCCGAGUUCGAGCAGAGGAUCCCAACGAGACACUGAGAGGAAUAUGAACCUUAGAGGUCCUAAUCCCGUUCAAGUUCAAGAGCGUAGGCUUUCCAGUAAAAGUGAUGGACCAGGGGAGCAUCCGAAGGCGAAUCCGAAGGAAUAUCUGAAUAUGCAUCCUUUCUUCUACUACCUAUUGACCAUAAGCAUAUUUGGAAUUGUAGUGUUAUUGUCAAUAGUAGUAGGAGACGUUGGGGUAUUUUAUGGAAUAAUUGGAGCUACAGCUGGGUGUUGGAUUAUAAUCGCAGGCCCUGGCUCCUUCUACAUCAUAUCAGUCCACAAACACAACGUUGAACUUAACACGUGGACAGCCAAGCUCAGCUACAUUAUAGCGUGGAUAUACACGGUUCUUGGUUUUAGUGGAAUGAUAGGGUUAAACGUGGCAGUGAUGCUCAAUAAUUUCUAAGAGAUAGAUUUAUUAACAGGGAUAAUUCUAUAACUACUGCAU